CGCAGCACACUCGCUGUCUGCGGGUUCAUGGAACAGCUGGACGGACGCGCGCGUUCUCUGUCCACGGUACUGAACGAGAUCCCGCGCCUAGUGUUGGGCUCCACCGCGCCAGAUUUCUUUUCUAGCUCUUUCUUUGUUAUUUUUCUGCUUCGGGCUUUUUUUCGAAGGUGAAUUCUGAUGGAAUAUUCUUGUUUAUAGUUCAAAAAUAUGUCGACAAAAUGGAAAAGCGAAGAAUCACAGAAGUCGAAGAAAAGGGAGUUUCAAAGGACAUUUCAGUGACUGUGAAUCAAGCUUUUAAUUGAGUGAUUAUCUUGGUGUUUUAUAGGUCGGCUACAAGGAAUAAUAAACGCAAUUUUUUACCGGCUCAAAAAUACUGCUCAGGUUUCCACACUCAAGGAAUAUGCUGAAACAUCUUACAGCCAAUUCAAAUUAAAAAAAUUGUAUUAAUAUCGAGUGGAAUUUUAUCUUUGGAGAUGGAUACUAUGAAGGAACGAGUUUUGGCGCCCGGUAAGGAAAAGAUGAAGAAUCUGGCCGGAAAAACCCUGGGACACAUGCACAGGGUGAUGGAGAGGAAGCAGAAGACGGGUGAGGUUAUAGAGCUGACGGAGGACGGGCGGCCCACUCAAGUGCAGGAGAAGAAACCUCCUCUGUGCGACUGUACGUGUUUCGGGCUGCCGCGCCGCUACAUCAUCGCCAUCAUGAGCGGCCUCGGCUUCUGCAUAUCGUUCGGAAUCCGUUGUAACCUCGGAGUCGCGAUCGUCGACAUGGUCAAUAACAGCACCAUUCACCGGGGCGGCAAGAUCAUCAUCAAAGAGAAAGCAAAGUUUAAUUGGGAUCCAGAGACGGUGGGAAUGAUCCACGGCUCGUUUUUCUGGGGCUAUAUAGUGACACAGAUCCCAGGAGGAUAUAUAUCCUCACGACUGGCUGCCAACAGGGUGUUUGGUGCUGCUAUCCUGCUCACGUCAACUCUCAAUAUGUUCAUCCCCUCUGCUGCGCGUGUGCACUACGGCUGUGUCAUCUUUGUGAGGAUACUGCAGGGCCUUGUCGAAGGUGUGACCUACCCAGCAUGCCAUGGGAUUUGGAGUAAAUGGGCUCCACCCCUCGAGAGAAGUCGCUUAGCAACCACCUCUUUUUGUGGAUCAUACGCGGGUGCUGUGGUGGCCAUGCCGUUGGCUGGAAUAUUAGUGCAGUACUCAGGCUGGUCUUCUGUCUUCUAUAUAUAUGGCAGUUUUGGGAUUGUCUGGUACAUGUUUUGGAUUUUGGUUUCAUAUGAGAGCCCAGCAGAUCAUCCCACCAUUACAGAUGAAGAGAGGACUUACAUAGAGGAGAGUAUUGGAGAAAGUGCCAAACUACUGGGGGCGGCUGAGAAAUUCAAGACGCCCUGGAGGAAGUUCUUCACCUCCAUGCCGGUCUAUGCAAUCAUUGUGGCCAACUUCUGCAGGAGCUGGACCUUCUAUCUGCUGCUCAUCAGUCAGCCAGCAUACUUUGAAGAAGUGUUUGGCUUUGAAAUCAGUAAGGUUGGUAUGGUCUCUGCUCUACCCCACCUGGUCAUGACCAUCAUAGUGCCAAUUGGCGGCCAACUGGCUGACUUCCUACGCAGCAAAAACAUCUUAACCACCACCACUGUCAGGAAAAUCAUGAACUGUGGAGGGUUCGGAAUGGAGGCCACUCUGCUGUUAGUGGUUGGUUUCUCUCACAGUAAAGGUGUGGCCAUCUCAUUUCUGGUGCUAGCUGUUGGUUUUAGCGGCUUCGCUAUAUCAGGUUUUAAUGUCAACCACUUGGACAUUGCGCCGAGGUAUGCCAGCAUACUGAUGGGUAUUUCUAAUGGAGUGGGAACUCUGUCUGGUAUGGUCUGCCCUCUGAUUGUAGGUGCUAUGACCAAAAACAAGACUCGUGAGGAAUGGCAGAACGUGUUCCUGAUCGCCUCGCUGGUGCAUUACGGCGGCGUGAUCUUCUAUGGGAUUUUUGCGUCCGGCGAGAAGCAGCCGUGGGCCGAUCCAGAGGAGACCAGUGAGGAGAAGUGUGGCUUCAUCGAUGAAGACGAGUUAGCGGAGGAGACCGGUGACAUCACGCUGAGCCACGCUCCUUUUGGAGGCCAGGCCGCUCUUGGGGGCCCCGCCAAAACAUAUGGGGCCACGACGCAGCUGAACGGGGGAUGGGCGAAAGGCUGGGAGAAAACCGAGGAAUACAUCCAGGAGGACGCCGAGCAGACGUAUACGGGAGACGGGUACUCCUAGAUAUUUAUUCGCAAUGAGUCUUAACAAAUCUUAAAAAAAAAAAAAAAAAGUCAAAGCAAAAAGAAAUAAAGAGAGAUGAAUGAGUGAUAAUAGACUCUGUAUUUAACAAGCGUAGCUACAGAAGUCAGAGACGUUUUUCAAAAGAGUCUUUAUCUAAUCUAAAGUGAAUAGAGAAGAUAUUUAAGAGGGCAUAAUGUAUUCAGAGAUAUCAAUUAGAAUAUACUGAUAAUUAUAUGAAAAAAAAAAACAUAUUUAGGAUUAUAUAAAGAAUAUAUGGCUAUGUAAAUGUUUCCUUUAAAAAUACAGAUAUGUUCAGUUAUUACUGUGGUUUAUGACAUUUAAUCAACUGACAAUAUUUAAUAGCACAGACAUCUGUAAUCAAAGCACAGGUCUUGGCUGUUUUUGCAGGUUUAGACUAGUUUUGUUUUAGUUUUGUGUCUUCUACUGUAACUUUAGCAGAUGAGUAGUUUAAUCGGUCAGGACCAAUUAGAGUAGAGUAGAGAUGAGUAGUUUAGACUAAUGUAGUUUUGUUCAAAAGAAACAAGUGUUUCACUCUGGUUUACAGAGCUCUUGCCAUUGACCUUACAGAAAAUAUGCAAAAUUUGGGUUAUUUAACUAUAUUAUAUAACUUAAACCUGCAAAGAAUGCUGUUUAUCAUUAUGUACGUGUACUAUAUUACACAUUAUAAAUUAGUCCCUUUAUUUGGGACACAAACCUAGAAGAUAGAGCAAAAUAGACAUUUACUGUUUGAUGCAGAGAGAAUCUAAAAUAGCACAAAUUUGCAAAACAUAACUGCUAUAUCUGAAUAACGAUGUGUAUUAAAAUAUGUGUGAAAUAUACUGAUAAACCUUUAAAUGUUGAAACGUCCUAAAGUACACUUGAGAACUUUUUAAAGUGCAAUCUUGUAUAAAUUUUGUUCAGCUAUAGUUACAUCGACAAUACAUUCAAGUGUGUGCUUGGCAAUACAGUCCUGUAUUUUAAGUGGUAUUAAGCUGGUCUUCAUUUAAAAUGUUCCAUUUUAACCAACACGUAAUGACAAACCAGUCAUUUUCUAAGAUCCUUUGAAUGCACUGACAUGUUGUUAUUUGGGAAAACAAGUAAUUUCUAUCUUAAGUAUGUGUUUUUGACAUGGAUUUACUGUUUCUGUGAGACUGUUGUGAAUCUGGGUCAGUGAUAUCUGUGCUUACUGUUCUUAUUGGGCCAUAUUUAUCAUAGAAACCUUCCAUUCGGGAUGUGUAUUGUGAUGCCAUUGAGAUCAUUCCAUAUGUAUGGUCAAAUCCUGAUCAUCUGAUGUAUUUAAGUGUUGCCAUGCAAAGCUGAUGUAAUAUGUUGAGAGAUUUUCACAAAACCUUCAGGAUGUGCAGGUUCUAUUUAAUCUAAAAACUCAAAGAAAUGAAGAAUUAAGAAAAUGUAUAUUGCAUUAAGAAAAUGAAGCCUGCUUUUAGGACCAUUGCAUUAUUUAUAUAUAUAUUUUUUAAUAUAAAUACAUUUAUUACAAUUAAGCACAUCCCAAAAUCUCAUUACCGUGAUGCAAAACUAAAGAAAUAAAUACAAUCAAACAUAAUAUUUAUAAUAAAUGCUGUCAAUGUAAUAAUGAAUAAUAAUAACAACAACAAUAUGAAUAAUGGUCCUAAAGCUUGAUUUUCUUUGAAAAUUGCGCAUGUUUUUGUGAGAUUCACGCUGAUUCUUUAUUCAUGACACAAACCAGUGUGUUGUGUUUAGUCAACCAGCAGUAAUCUAAAGAUGUGUCAAAGUCUUAAACAAAAAAAAAAUAUAUAUAUAUAAUAAUAAUAACAAAUAAAUAAAAAGAUACCUACUAAGAACAUGUACUGCAAUAAUUUACUGAUAACAUCAGCAAUCUUAUUAUAUUCAACAUCUAAUUCAUUCAAGAAAUCUGAAUUGUGUCUAGUUUACAGAGUCAUUCGAAUGGCUGCGAAAGUCUUAUUGAUGCUUCAGAAUCCGCUUAUAUAUGUUCUGGUCAGAAAAUUUAAAAGGCCAUUUUCAGAGAUUGGAAUCUGAGCCAUGCUUUAAUUUGUUCUAAAACUCAGCUAGAUGUUUUCUAGAUUUGUGUAUUUUGUGAUGAAUUUAUCACAAACUUAAAGCUCUUUUCAUGGCCUCUUGCCUGAGACUGAAGUGCACAAGUGAUUGUUAUAUUCUAUUGUUGUGUCAAAUAGAGCGAUUUGUUGAUGUCAAAAAGUGUUAAACUGUAUGAAUUGCUCACUAAGUGUGAUUUUAUAUACAAUUAUUCAAAUCAAGACAUAAUUAUGUCUCUCAUUUGAUUUUUGCGACUGGUGGACCAAAAUGUAAAGGUUUUGAAAAGAUAAGAGUUGAUGUUCUUUAUAGAGUGUGAUGAUUAUUUUUGCAUGAUAUAGUCAUUAAAAUCAUCCUGGGCAUUGAUUUGAAA